AUGGCUUGGUGCCUGUGUACAACCAAGCCCCUGGAUUAUGAUACUGUCAUAUUCAUCCCCAGCUCUGCUCGUCUGGUGGAGUAUGCAGUGCAACAGACACACCCCACUCAACCGCACCCCACCCAGUCACACCCUGCUAACGCAACACUGAGGGGGGCACUGAGGGUUGCGGCGUCGGUGAGGGAGGUGGUGGAGAGGAUGAGAGAGGAGAGGCGGACAGGGGUGCAGAAGGGACAGGGGCGGGCGGAGGAAGAGGGGGAGGGGCAGGAGGCGCAGGGGGAGAGGGGGCAAGGUGGGGACGGAAAAGGGGAGGAGGCGCAGGGGGUGGAAGGGCAGGGGGAGGAAGGGCAAGGGGAUGGCACGAGUGGGGAUGGUAGCAGGGGUGGGGAGUGGUGGGAGGGGAUGGAGAGCGAGGAGGAGGAGUUUGAGAGCGCAAAGAAGCAGCUGGUGGUGUGGGCAGGCGGGCAUGCGAAUCCUGAGAUGCUGGCCAUGGCUGCUGCUGUGUGGCACUGGAUAGACACAGGCCGAGUUGAUGACUACUUUUUUCAUCCCUCGGCCUUGCUCCUUCCUCUGCCCUCUCCCCUACCCCCUCCUCUGUCCCCAUCCACGCCCUUGCCCCCUCCUCCCCCCCUCCUCUGCCCCCAUCCAGAGUUGGAUGCGGAGCAGCUCGCCAGAACAGCCAUGCAUCUGAGCGUGCCCAUCUUGGACAACGGGAAACCUCAGCCCUCUCAGCUGCUCCCUCCCCUGCUUCCUCUCCCCUGCUUCCUCUCCCCUGCUUCCUCUCCCCCCUCUCCCCAUGCUCACUCUUCUCCAGAGUUGGAUGCGGAGCAGCUCGCCAGGGCAGCCAUGCACCUGAGUGCACCCAUCUUGGACAACGGGAAACCUUUUGCUGAUGAUGAUUAUGCUGCUGAUGAUGGUGCCGGUGCUGGUGAUGGUGCUGGUGAUGGUGCUGGUGAUGAUGAUGAUAGUAAUGCGUCUCUAGCUGAUGCUGCUGCUGCUGCUGAUGUUGGUGAUGGUGAUGAUAAUGGGGAUAAUGUGGGAGCAGAAGCAGUGGAAGCAGUGGAAGCAGUGGAAGCAGUGGAAGCAGUGGAAGCAGUGGAAGCAGUGGAAGCAGUGGAAGCAGUGGAAGCAGUGGAAGCAGUGGAAGCAGUGGAAGCAGUGGAAGCAGUGGAAGCAGUGGAAGCAGUGGAAGCAGUGGAAGCAGUGGAAGCAGUGGAAGCAGUGGAAGCAGUGGAAGCAGUGGAAGCAGUGGAAGCAGUGGAAGCAGUGGAAGCAGUGGAAGCAGUGGAAGCAGUGGAAGCAGUGGAAGCAGUGGAAGCAGUGGAAGCAGUGGAAGCAGUGGAAGCAGUGGAAGCAGUGGAAGCAGUGGAAGCAGUGGAAGCAGUGGAAGCAGUGGAAGCAGUGGAAGCAGUGGAAGCAGUGGAAGCAGUGGAAGCAGUGGAAGCAGUGGAAGCAGUGGAAGCAGUGGAAGCAGUGGAAGCAGUGGAAGCAGUGGAAGCAGUGGAAGCAGUGGAAGCAGUGGAAGCAGUGGAAGCAGUGGAAGCAGUGGAAGCAGUGGAAGCAGUGGAAGCAGUGGAAGCAGUGGAAGCAGUGGAAGCAGUGGAAGCAGUGGAAGCAGUGGAAGCAGUGGAAGCAGUGGAAGCAGUGGAAGCAGUGGAAGCAGUGGAAGCAGUGGAAGCAGUGGAAGCAGUGGAAGCAGUGGAAGCAGUGGAAGCAGUGGAAGCAGUGGAAGCAGUGGAAGCAGUGGAAGCAGUGGAAGCAGUGGAAGCAGUGGAAGCAGUGGAAGCAGUGGAAGCAGUGGAAGCAGUGGAAGCAGUGGAAGCAGUGGAAGCAGUGGAAGCAGUGGAAGCAGUGGAAGCAGUGGAAGCAGUGGAAGCAGUGGAAGCAGUGGAAGCAGUGGAAGCAGUGGAAGCAGUGGAAGCAGUGGAAGCAGUGGAAGCAGUGGAAGCAGUGGAAGCAGUGGAAGCAGUGGAAGCAGUGGAAGCAGUGGAAGCAGUGGAAGCAGUGGAAGCAGUGGAAGCAGUGGAAGCAGUGGAAGCAGUGGAAGCAGUGGAAGCAGUGGAAGCAGUGGAAGCAGUGGAAGCAGUGGAAGCAGUGGAAGCAGUGGAAGCAGUGGAAGCAGUGGAAGCAGUGGAAGCAGUGGAAGCAGUGGAAGCAGUGGAAGCAGUGGAAGCAGUGGAAGCAGUGGAAGCAGUGGAAGCAGUGGAAGCAGUGGAAGCAGUGGAAGCAGUGGAAGCAGUGGAAGCAGUGGAAGCAGUGGAAGCAGUGGAAGCAGUGGAAGCAGUGGAAGCAGUGGAAGCAGUGGAAGCAGUGGAAGCAGUGGAAGCAGUGGAAGCAGUGGAAGCAGUGGAAGCAGUGGAAGCAGUGGAAGCAGUGGAAGCAGUGGAAGCAGUGGAAGCAGUGGAAGCAGUGGAAGCAGUGGAAGCAGUGGAAGCAGUGGAAGCAGUGGAAGCAGUGGAAGCAGUGGAAGCAGUGGAAGCAGUGGAAGCAGUGGAAGCAGUGGAAGCAGUGGAAGCAGUGGAAGCAGUGGAAGCAGUGGAAGCAGUGGAAGCAGUGGAAGCAGUGGAAGCAGUGGAAGCAGUGGAAGCAGUGGAAGCAGUGGAAGCAGUGGAAGCAGUGGAAGCAGUGGAAGCAGUGGAAGCAGUGGAAGCAGUGGAAGCAGUGGAAGCAGUGGAAGCAGUGGAAGCAGUGGAAGCAGUGGAAGCAGUGGAAGCAGUGGAAGCAGUGGAAGCAGUGGAAGCAGUGGAAGCAGUGGAAGCAGUGGAAGAUUCACAUGACAUGCCAGCACAGGCUGCUGACACAUGGCAGCAGCUGGCCCAGUCCACGUCAGCAGACAUCCUAUCCUCCCUGUCAGCAGCAGCGUGCACGAUACAGCAGCGGGUGAGGGCCCUCUUGGGCGUGGGGCUGACAGGCGAGGAGAAGAGGCAGGCGGCCACAGAGGCUUCUGAAGCAGAGUCAGGAGGAUGGUCAUUCUCAUCGGAUUAUUAUGAGGAUGAGGAUAGGCUGAGAGAGCUGGUGGCGUGCCGAGGGGGCCGGUACAGGAGUGCGAGUGAGACCUUGGCAGGGACUGACGGAGAAACGAGUGGCGAGGCGGAGCCGAGAGGCAGGGAGGGAGAAGUGGAAGAGGGAGAGCAAACAAGUGGCUCGGCGGGCGGUUCGGCGGGUGGAUUGGUGGGCGAGUUGGUGUGUUCACCUGGUGUGAUGCGGUGGGUGCAUGAGAGGGAGACAGUGCUGCAGUUCCGCAUGGUGAAGAAGUCGAUUCUGAGUGAGGCAGAUGUCGCCAUGGGUGAGUGGUGCCGCAGCACUGGGCGUGCUGCGAGUUAA